ACCGGAGGUGGAUCCCCGAUGGAUUCGUUGAUUGGGAGUUUAAGGUUUCCAGCCUAUCGGGCUCCGGGUUGCGUAGGCCUCAGGGCACUGCUGACUUGGAUAUCAAGAGCCCUCUGGAGUUCUUCUGUUGUAUCCUACUUCUUCUUCUUUUUCAUUCUGUGCUGAAAGAACUGAGGCUGUGUAGAUAUCCUUGGAAGAGCAUCAUGGUCAGCAGUCCGCAACCAUCUUCCUCCCUCGCAUCCGGCAGCGCUACUGAUGUCUACAUUGCAGGCGUCAGUGCUCCCAUCCGUGUUGAGCGCGAGAAGUACAACUCGACCGUAAAGAAUACCGGUGCUCCGCUAUACUACAUCGACGAGGACGGAGAUCAGAUCACUGUCGGAUCUUUUAGCGAGCUGGACGAUCGUAUCCGAGAGCUGAAGCUCAAGAACAAGCUUGCGGUCUUCUCUCUGACUCCGAAAGCUGGUCCCGACUGGCGGAAUCUCGUCGAUUCCAGCUCUUCUGUGGCUAGCAGUCGCCAUUCAAAUACGUCUGCUGCCGAAUCGCUGGCUACGCCUCAGCUGUCCUCUCUCUCGGCUCUAGCUGAGACUGACAUCCCAACGCCUGAUGAACAGAUGUCCACCGCGACCACAGUCACCGGCACCGGAUUAGCGACGCCCGAAUCAGGGCUCGCGAGCGCCGCUAGUGACGAGUUUUCUGAUCAGUUGGUGGCUGCCUUUGAGAGCAUGCUGAACGAUGUCGAGACGCUUUCUCGCCAAUCAUCGCCUGCUCCGCUGUUUACGACCGAAGACGAUCAGCUCUACUCUGAGACGACUUCGGCUUUCGGCGACAGUACUAUCCGCACCACUGCUCAGGUUCCAAAUCCGGGAUUUACGAGUGCGCUCCAAAGCAGUGUUUCCGGAGCUGCAUCAUCGUCUACUGCGAGCAGCGCAAGCUGGGUCGACAACGUGGCCGAUAGCGUCAGACGCGCGAUCCAGCAGCUUCAAGAUGCAGCCAACGGCAUCGACUCGGUAGCAAGCUCCAAAGUUUUCGAAAUGGAUCCCGAUCUUCCUGACCACGUUGCCGCCCUCGUUCGUAAGAUCGUUCGCCAGGUGAGCGAGAACGUGAAGCAAGCCGAUCGGGUGUUCCCCAUCCCGGCUGACUUCACGCGUGAAACCGUCGACCGCACAAUCAGCAGCUUCCAGGACUUUGCGGUGCAAAUCGGUCAGGUUGCGCGCCUGAGUGGAUACCAAGCCGCUGCAGCUUCGCGAGACGCAGCCGGUGCAGGAUUGCAGGUGACGCGGGACGCGAUUAGGUCGGCGCGCGAGAACACGCAGAUUGCGACUACGCAGCUGCGGAGCUGUCUGCAUGAUCUCUCGGUUCAGUUCAACGAUUUCCAGAAUGAGCGUCUCAGGUCAUCCGUCGGUCAGAGUAGGGAUUUGUCCAGUGAUGAGCUUGCUUCGCAGAUCAGCGCUAUGUGGGAGUCUUCGCAACUUGCACAGUCUGAUAGCGUCCAGACCCCGCUCGAUACCAAUACCGAAACGGAGUUUGGACGGUCCCCGUCUCAGUGGUCAGGUCCGAGUGUAGCGACUCAGCCGUUUUUGGACUCUGAGUCGGAGUUUGACUUUAUUGGACGCUCGGCUUCUCAGGUCGGUGAAUCUGUGCAGGGCGAGAGUGUUAUUACUCCUAUGUAUACAAACACUGAGACCGAAUUCGGCAGCGACCUGCUCUACGGCCCGGAUAGUGACAAUGAGACAAUCAGAGGUGCUCCCCUCAGCUCCUCGGCACCCGCUCCUGAUCUUCCCAAAAAGAUCCCGAUCCAGGCUGGUGCUGUCCAUACCCCAAGAUUCGGAUCCUCAGAUGGCCUAUCCCGACCUGAACUCGGUCGUACUGCCUCGCUCCCUUCGCAACCAAUGCAGAUCGGAUCUGCGCCGUCAGUUCUCAAGCAUACUGCCUCAGACUCGUUUCCGAGCGCGCCUAGCCUUGAAGAGUUUUACAAAGCAGGCGGUAAUGACGGCCUCGCGGCGGCGCCCCCGGCACUCCCGCCUCUGCCAACAAGCUUGCGCAUGCAGCCUUCUGCGCCCCGGUUUUUGACUGGCCAGACCGUUCCCUUGGCCGUCGGCACUUUCCAUGCUGGAGGUAUGAGAGUGCCGUAUCCUGUGGCGUAUCGCGUGCCGAGGAUGUCUGUGUACAAUGAUCUCGGUGGCUCGUUUGGAAGCGACGGACCGCUUUCUCCAGAAGCUACUGGUGUCUCGGCGCCGCAAGCAGUGGAGGUCCAGACUUCUGAAGCAGAGGCUGUAUCUGCGCAGACGACACUCGUUCCUUCUGCCCCGUCCGCUGAUGAUUAUCUAGGUGAUGAUGCGGCUGUGUGGGAGGAUGUAGCUACCAAGAUUCACGGGAGCCCGGUCGCGGAAAUCGAAGGGGCGAUUCGCGAACUGAAGAUGGAAGAAGAAGUCAUCGAAUCCGAGAAAACCCAGAUGGAAGACGAGAUCCGUAUUGCGCGAGCCACUAGUCCGCGGCGCGUUCCGGUUGCAGGCGAUGAUAUCCCUACCGCAUCUUCGGCCGCAAACCCGUGGAAUAAUCUCAAGUCGGAUGAGCGCCGAAUGCGGACCGCCAGCCAAGAACGUGCAGGUCGUUACACGGCUCACCAUACUCGCGGGCUGAUUGAGAUCCAGGACGUGGCACCGGCUCAGGAUCCUCUGGCGCCGACAUUGGUGAGAGGUCCAAGCUACUCUGAUGCUCCGGGAAUGCCACCCUCGCCGCAGGUGAUUCUUCGUGAGAGCGCUGCUGCGAUUGCUGCGGAGGCGCAACGAGCAGGGCGGUCUGCUGCAUCCGUCGUUUCUGGAUACAGCUCUGCUCCGACGUACCAAUCUGCUCCGCCGUCGCAGGUAGGCGAUCGCAGAGGUGCCUCCCGUCAUCCACAGUUCCUGGGCCAGGAUACGCAGACCUUGACGGGCAGAAUCCGUGCUGCUAGAACCGCUCACGGGGUAUCAGCCGAUGGGUCGCGUCGACCUCGGAUGCCCAGUCGCACGUACAACUAUAUUGAGAUGCGCCAGCUCAGUCCUGAGGCUCAGGACAGAGCCGACAUCAAUCGUCUCGGACUCGAGAAUCAGGCUAACGAGGCUGAGCGUGAGUGUGCGCGCGCGUUGGUUGAGCUGGAGCUCAUCAGCUCGGAUAAUAUGGCUUUGGCUAUCUACUAUGCGCAGCAAGCAAAGGGUGAUGUCGUUGAUGCUAUCGAUCUGCUCGAGGAAGAUCUCAAGCAGUCCGAGACCUAUGAGCGCCAGAACGCACCGCCUGCGAAUCCGGACGACCCGCUCGAGAGCGAGCCUCCCGAAUGACUCGUGGCGGGCGCUGCAGCGGAUGAAGAGUGCGACUGCUGUUGUUGCGAUCUCUGCUGUGGUUGCCCAGAUGAAAUCUCAGUCGGGUCUGGACAGGUGGUUGUCUCGGUGCCGGGACCUAGCGAUUACGAUCUACAUGUGAGGGUCGUGACUUCGCCAUCGCCUUGUUUUUACUACCCCGCCUAUAGCCAGAGCUAUAUUGUUAUCUGAUCCGAGUUUCAGACGAUCCAAGAGUCUGUCGAGGGUAUCUUCACUCUACUGAAACUUUCCCGCUUAUCCGUAGAUGAGGGAAUUAUGGUGCCGCUAAUUUAGCGGUGAAAUCUGGUCUCCUGAAGAUGUGAAUUUUUGCAUCCUCAGUUAUAUCAAGAGCGUUUGAUUGUUUGAAUUAGGCCGGGUUCCAGUUGAUAUUCAAUCGACAGUCUCGAUUGAUA